UGUCAGCUGUGGCAGUGCACUGCCUCACCGCUUAUCAGAACAAUAGGCAACCGAGCAAGGUCCAUUAGCAUUUGUAAGGGCGUGGAAGAAAGGCGUGCCUGGCAAGAUAGAAAAUGAGAGUGAGUUCAAAUCACCUCUGCACUACCUGCCUUCCUUGGGACGGUCCCGUGAAAGGCUACAGCGGCAUUUCAUAAUUUCUGCAUUGAAAAUAAAGCAGUCGCACCCACCAAAGGAAAUAGAUGGACUCCGAGUGAAACCAAGAUUAUAUGGUUUACCGAAACAAACACAACGCAUCUAAAUGGAACAAAAGAAAGGCGAGAAAAUCACACAGCUAUAUUCGUCAACAGCAUUAUUGCUCUUACUGGAAGCACAGUGAAGGAGAGAGAAAGAGGGAGCAGCCGCCUGCGCAGGAGCUGCAACUGCGCGCGUUCAUCCAAAAGAUAUAGCUUUUUUUUCUUUUCUUUGUAAACCCGCUUUGUUAAAUAAAAAAACGUAGACUGAUGAAGAUGAAGCGCCCGCUUGGAUAAAUCGGAGCGCGAGGGAAGGAUGCGUCUCUUCUUAGGAGCAGGUGUAUUCAGCCAAGUGGAGGCGCAAGGCACAAAGCAGGAGCGAUGCACAACAGCCACCGGACCACAACACCUGCUCCAAAGGAAAAACCCUCAUGCUUAGAUAGCCAACGCUACUGGUCAACGCGCUUCUUGCCCUCAAAAUAACUCGGUUUUUUUCUUGCAACUUAUCAGGAGAAUGUGGGCACCGUGAAACUGAUGGACGCACAGCUUAUUUGGAAAAUACUGUAGUGAGAAAACAAAUAAUAAUCAAGGACUGCUCUGUUGGUUUCUCUUAAGGCUGCUUCACUGAAAUCCUGUUAUUAUCAAGGACAGAAUCAUCUGCAAGGAUGCCCGUACAACUUUUAUCAGCGCAGUCGCUCUACAUAGGAAUGGAGGUGCUGAUUGCAGUGGCGUCUGUAAUCGGCAACGUGAUGGUGGUUUGGGCGGUGAAAAUUAAUAAGUCGUUGCGAGAUAACACGUUUUGUUUCAUCGUCUCCCUGGCUCUGGCGGAUAUUGCAGUGGGAGCCCUCGUCAUCCCUUUGGCCAUUACUAUCAGCAUCGGACUCCAAACUCACUUUUACAGCUGCCUGCUCGUAGCGUGCACGGUGCUGGUGCUGACGCAAAGUUCAAUCCUGGCCCUACUGGCUAUUGCAAUUGACCGCUAUCUCAGGGUCAAGAUCCCGACCAGGUACAAGCGAGUGGUUACCCCUCGGCGAGCGGGGCUGGCAGUGGUGAUAUGCUGGACGGUGGCCUUCAUCGUGGGGCUCACCCCCAUGUUAGGCUGGAACAACCUGAAGCGCCACCAGCAGAACGGCUCCAUCAGCUCUGAUCUUAUUAUCACCUGCCAGUUCGAGAACGUCAUCAGCAUGGACUACAUGGUAUAUUUCAACUUUUUCGGCUGGGUACUGCCACCGCUGCUGUUCAUGCUGGUCAUCUACACAGAGAUCUUCUACGUGAUCCACAAGCAGCUUAACAAUAAGAAUUUCACCACCAGUCACACAGACCCCAACAAGUACUAUGACAAGGAGCUGAAUCUGGCCAAAUCUCUGGCUCUGGUUCUUUUUCUCUUUGCCAUCAGCUGGCUCCCCCUCCACAUCAUCAACUGCAUCACGCUUUUCUGCCCUAAGUGUGAGAAGCCCGUAGUCCUCCUCUACAUCGCCAUCCUGCUCACUCAUGGCAACUCUGCUGUCAACCCAAUUAUCUACGCUUUCCGUAUUAAAAAGUUCCGCAUGGCCUUCAGGAAAAUCUGGCAGCAAUACUUCUGCUGCAAGGACACACCAGCUCUGGAGAUUCAGCCCAGCGACAGGAAAGAGAUGCCCAAUCCAGAGUCACAGCAGGCUACACCACCACAGCCCCCUCAGAAGGAAAUCCAAAAAUCUAAUCCACAACAGCCAACACCACCUGAGCAGCAGCAGCAGCAGCAGCAGCAGCAGGACCAUAGGACCGAACCACCCCAACAAUCUAAAGAACAUCCGCCCUUACCGGAGCACAAUGCAGUCUAAGCCAAGGAACAGAGCUGAUCGCUGGCUGGGAAAGUAAUGAGCAUUGGUUCUCUCCUCAUUUGAAUGUAGUCUAAUGAGGAGCAUCGUGUCCUACGAUGCUCUAGUGACUGAGGCGAUCAUUUAUUCAAAUACUGGAAGAUCAUUUAUCUUUACUCAGGAGGAGUGGAUUUAGUGAGCAAAAAAUGUUAUCUGAACAAAAGGUUAUCCAUUAACUUGCAAUAAUGGAAAUCUUUUUGAAAAUGACUGUCUAAGUAACAGACUAAAGACAAGCUUUUAACUGCUCAUUAUGAUCAAACAGUUGGUGUGAACAUCACAAAAUGUGCAAUAUAAGUUAUUGUGGUUGGUCAGUAUCAGAUUAUCAAAUGUUAUAACUUGGUAAAGAAUGAAAGUUUAUACGUUCAAAAGAGCAGGUUCAUCUUAUUACUGUAAUACUGUGUGUAUGUUUAAACUGACGGUGGCUGAAGAAUAUGAAUGUAAUGGUAAUGUAAAUAAGAGACUACAGCAGCACAGCUUUGAACGCUCAUCUCUUCUUCAGGGUCUUAAUUGCACAACGGUGGUAGCGCAAGCGGAACUAUGGGAGAGAUUGCUGCAGCAACGCUGUGUGUGUGUGCUGAUAGAAGGGUUUUGUAGUCUCUUAACUCUUCUCCACUAGAGCUGAGUCCCUCAGUGGACCCAGCAGCACUGAUCCAUUACUGAGGAGAUGGACAGGGAUAAGAAGCAAGCGGCUGGAGGGAAUGGGAGGUUUUAACCUUAUAGAAGCUGCGUGCAGGAGACUCGCGUCUACAGCACCACAGCUAGUCAUGUGGAAGAAAGACGAGAUGCACUUAAAGCUCAUAUUUAUCCAGCCUCCAUGCCAGCUGGUGCUGGGAGCUGGGUUUUCCUUCUUCUUUUUUCGCUAAAUGGACAUAUGAUAACCAUAACACAAUUUACCACUAGGCACAGUGGCUUUCAUGGCCUUACUCAGUACUUUAAUUACUUUGUAGUAUGGACUAGACUGCAAAAGACAACCAAAAGAUUGUGAGUAUCUUAACUACACUGUAAGCUCAACAUUUUGUAUAAUGCCAAACUGGAGCACCUGUCGUAAUUAAACAAUGUUCAAUGCCACUGACAUAAAAACACUGUUUGAGUAUG